ACGGGAAGUUACACACGGCGGUGUGAAAGUUUACUCCAAGAAUCGUCAAUGAAUUCUAAAAACAGAUGGAUUAACUAAGCAAUUUAAAGGAUUUUUACUUAUGGGUGAUACGAAAUGAAACUUAGAGACACAUUCUGUGGAGCUGGGAGGCUUUCCAGUAUGAACUGGUCGAGCUGCCUUCAAAAUCAUUCCUGAAAUGGCCAGCCUUGGAGCGUUAGUUGGUGGGCCCCUGGGAGAGGAAGAUGUAGAAGAGUUACGCUCCGAGCGUUCCAUACGAGGACUCAAGGUCAAUAUUAAAAGUUUUCCUAACAACCUGUAUGAUAUAGGUCUUUGUUAUGUGGUAAGUACUAACGGUUUGGCUAAUAUUGCUUUCUUACGACAGUCGCAAGAAGAAAUCGAGAGACUCACAGUUGACGAGAACCUAGAUGACAUCGAGCGGGCCGUGUUGCUGUUGAGGUGAGUCCAACUGAAUGGAAAAAAAACCUCAAAUAAUUAUGUUUUAAUAUACAGUAAUCCUGGUAAUUAAAUUUCUCUGGAAAUGUCAGAGCUUUUCUUAGAAACAUAACCUUUGGUAAGAUUGUUUAAUAAUUAUGAUAGAUGGCGGAAAUUUCAUUGGUGUAGACUUCAUGUUUGUAUGUUUCCGUCACGACCAUUUAUUGUGACUCAUGGAGUAACUGAUUUUUAAUACUUUGUUUGAUUUUAUUAACUUCAUCAGUAUUAUACUUCUUUUUCAGAAGUUGCUUCUCGUAUUUAUUCUAGAUUUAUAUACUCAUAACGUUCUGAAAAUCUAAAGGUUGCCUCAUAAAGCCUUCGUUAAUCGCUUUUGUAUCACCGUCUCAUUUUUUUCCCGUUUUACAACCUUUUUGAACUGAACCGUUAAGUUCACUACGAAUUAAUUAACUUGGUAUGUAAGUGUAAAUUUGUAGAGUUUCUGAAAUUGUUUGGCGUCUGACUAUGUCUGUUUUGAAGUAGUAUUUGCUUAAUACAAACAAUGUGGAGAUUAGUGACUUUGAAGAGGCCCAAGUUAAAAUUCAACUGAGCAGCUCACAUGCAAAAGAAAUCGACUGUGUUUCUGCUCUCUUCAUUUUGAAAUCGGUUUCGUAUUUGAAUAUAUUUUGGGUUGUUUUGAAGAGAGAUAGGAUGCAGUUGUUGUGUUGUAGCACUUCCUUUAUGCAUAUAAAUUAGACAACCUGGCUUGUCUUAUUAAAAGGCUUUAGGCAGGAGGCAAUGGACGUUUAGUUGUUUUAGACCAUAAAAGGUCAGGUCAAGCAGUGCUUUUAAUUUCAACCCAUUCAAAUUAUUCUUUCUUAGCUCAAGCAGUGCCGAACCAUUUUGUGAAAAUAUUGACUAUUUUACUUACAGAUCUUGCAUACAUAUAAAAUUAUUUUGAAGUUGUUAUUCUUGUAUUAAUAUUAUUUUAUAGUUUGUCUCUCACUGCUAUUAACUAUUCAUCCUAUCUUUUGGUCGUAAUUUAAUAUAGUAUCUAAGCAAAAUGAUACGAUAAACUUAUUAAAACAGUGCUAAUAUUUGGGAAAGAGGUGGCGUGGGAAAAAAUCAGUGGUGCAUAGACUUGUGCACAAGAUUUUUUGCAAGGCUUCUUUCUUACUCCUGCUAUUCACAUGUGAAUAUCAGUAAUCAUGUGGUCAGAUUAUUGCUGGAAACGUUUUGUUGCCUAGAUUUAAUAUCUAAGGCCACUGUAUUUCUCAGUUAGUAGUCUGUGAAUAUACAUAAGUUUAUAUGAAACGACAUCCUUGUUAUUGAAAUUAAUUGAUAAAAUCUUUUUUGCAAGCAUAUUUUCAAAAAAUGUAACAUCUUGUGUAACACCAGGGAACAUUAUUUUAUGAAAUUCCAAGAACAGAUGUACAACAUAAAAAUGUUGUACUGUUACAUCAUCAGCACUUACCAUUUGUAUGGAAAACCCAGAAAUUUCGGGGAGAAUUCAAAUGGAACGGUUCAUAAAGGUGGAAAUUUUCCAGAAAAAAGUAAUACCUUUCGAGUUAUUACCGUUUUCCUGUUCUUACGGAAACUACCGAAAUUUUCUUUACCGUUAUUACCAUCAAAUGUUACUGGUAUUUUUUUGGCACUGAAAACAGGAACAGGAUUGAGUUGUACCAUUUACAAAAUACUUGUAAAUUGUUCACUUUCUCUUGACAUGAAGCCUAGCACUGGUAGUCCAAACAAAUUUUGUUUGGACUACCAGUGCUAGGCUUCAUGUCGAGAGAAAGUGAACAAUUUACCGGUAUUUUGUAAAUGGUACAGCUCAAUCCUGUUCCUGUUUUCAGUGCCAAAAAAAAUACCAGUACCAUUUGACGGAAAUUUUUCAAUGAGAUUUCCAAACAAAUGGUAAGCACUCCAUGUAAUAUCUUGUAUUUCAUUGUAACUAAGACACUAUUCCCAGUUUCAACAUGAUGUAGUAGGCAUUGAUAAUGAUAUUAUUGGUUUUUUCACCUGAAAGCCAAUCUUGUUUAGAGUUACAUGUUUGUAAUGCCAUAUGGGUUUAUAGGAUUAGCCAUGGUCAUUUACCGUGUCAUCUGGUGCAUGUUUCCUUGAAUAUACAGGAAGUGAUGGCCUGUUUUAGUUACUGAGAGGUACAAGGAAAAAUAUGAACAGCUGUAGUGACUGUGAUCUUGAUGGUCAUAUUAUGAAUUUUGAUCUUUGCAGUUCUGGAGUGGAAAUUCAAAAACUAAGUAUAAUAAACAAUUUACCAAGAUUACUUGAGAAAAACAGUGGUGAUGUCAAUAGGAGGAUACUUCCUAUUCUAAGGGUAAGUUGCCUUUAUGGAAUAAUAAUUCUGCAAAUGAAUUAAUGUUUUUCUUGUGGCCAAAUUUCUUGUGGCUUAAGCCUCACAGUUGUUUGAAGCUUUUACGUGUAACUGUAUGCGUAACAAAAACUUUUCUUUAGAAAUAGCAGGCCAGAAUAAACUAUAAAUUCAAACAAACACUGCGAAACCACCUGUGUCGAAAUCUUGUGCAUAAACAUAAAAUUAUAAAAUCUGACAUGGUGGGAGUAUGACCCGCCUCAAACUAUAUCCAAAUGUACUGAACAGAUGAAAAAGAGUGGAAAAAUUGCCUCUCUUCAAAUCACAGGCCAUAUUUUCUGAAGCAUCCCAAGUGGAAUGACACAUACCAAUUGACUUUCCAAGUGGAGUUUUCAGUUUUCCUGUGUAAAUUGUAAGAACCCUGGGUCUUCAAGUCCCAGUUUGAAUUAAAUGCUGGGGCAUUUAAAUGAGAAUGUACAAUACAUGCACUUUUUUCCUGUUUCCAAUAAUUCCUUAAAACUACACUGCUUCUUUACUCUUGUAAAAUUGUCGUGUUUUAGGAAUACCUGUAUAUUGCUCCACUUCAUGUCCAACUGGAAGCUACCAAGUCUUUUUCAAGCAUUAUUGAACAUGGAACAAUACAAGCCUAUAUGUUUGCCUCAUCUUUUUUACCAAUUACAUUACAUAAUCUGGACAGCAGAGAUACAGGUACCUUAAUUAUUUGUCUGUAAAGUAUUUCUUAAAACGUGUUUAUAUAAUCGUUAAAGGACAUUAUUAGUCAUGGAGCUCACACAGCCAGUUUGAGGUCUUUGUACUGUAGUUACUUUAGCAAGAAGCACCUAAGAAUGUUUUCUGUACUCUCCAUUGGACAGGACCUGCUGGUCCUUUACAGUGUUACCUUUGCAGUAUGUUGCUGGUACCUUCUUUUACACCCAGGUGCACAAUGCACAUAUUAACCCAGAUCUACCAGAUGAAAAGUUUGACAUGUUAACUACUCAGCCACCACUCCUACAUGGUAUAUCCAACAUGAAAUGAGGUAUUGUUAUAUCUGGUUUGAGAUGCUAAGAAGUGGGUCGGAAAAAAUAAGACGGACUUUGAGGUAUCUCGAUAUCAGACGAAAUGCCUUGAUAUAGCUUCAUAGACGAACCAUAAAUCUUUGUGAUGUUUGACAUCAAAGUUCAUAAAACUUUGUGAUAAUAAAUUACAUGUAUUCAAUUUCCAAACCUGCAUCAUUGCAAUGAUGGCUUCUCUUUAUGAAUUUUUUUUAGUGCUGUGAACUAUGCAUGUUAAAUUUGUAACCCAGUUUAAUAUCCGUUCCUUAAUUUCAGUUGUAUCCAAUGCCUGGCUUCAAACUCUCCUGACUUCAAUUGAUUUUCUUCCAAAAGAUGUCAUUAAAAGAGAGGUCUGCAAUACUUUUACAAUUGCUUAAAUAUUAUUGUUAAUCAAGCAAAGUAACUUAAUGAUAAGAGAAUAGGUAAAACAAGGAUUGCUUCCUAUUUGUCACAAUUCACUGGCCAGACUAAUCAGUUCUGUUGGUGAAAUAAUAUGCCGUCAGUCCAUUCAAUUGAUGCAUGCUGUAAGGUAUCUUCUGGUCUACCUUGGUGCAGGUAGCUAAUUCCAACAUAUAGUGAAAUGUUGGAGCUAUUUGUCUUAGAUUAAAUGCUUAGCUUUCAACAAAGAAAAAUUGUGAUUGCUGUUACAUAUGGCAACCAGGGAGAAAUCCAGUCAUCAGACGAAAUACACAAACAAGCCAUCGAUCGCAUCUAACUUUGACAUGUUUACAUUGUUUUGGUUACGUGUUUCCUAAACUGUCUUGGAGUUAGUCUUUUUAAAUGUCAACUUUGUUUUAAUGAGCUCCAAUUCAGAGAGCCAAUAAUGAUCAUUAAUGUAUUUUUAACAUAUUACAUACUGGAAUUAACGUUGACAGAUCCUGGGAAUUGCCAUCUCCAAAGGACAACUGUCACAGUCAGUGAACUGUAGGCUUGCAAGUUGCAAACUCCUUGGAAAAAUUGCUCCAAAGUUUGAAACUUACUGGUAGGUAGAAGACUUUUAAUCUAGUGGGUAUCCUGUGUUAGCUGUUGCAUGUAGUCAGGCAACAUCCCCACCCCCUCCCCCAGUGCUUAGGGACAGCUCUGUUGGCCAAUAAAUGUCUCAGUCAAAGAGAAAUUUAUAUUUCAGUACCAGUUGGUAGGUAAUUACAAUUCUACAACAACAACAACAUCUUUAUUUCUUACAUUAAAUAUACAAAUAUCACACCACCUGCAAAAUAGCAAGGCUAAUCGAGGCAGGUGGUGUGUAGACGGCUUAAGAUUUAUUACGAAUAGUUGAAGUGAAAAAGUACCAUAUUUAUAAUAAAAAAGGUCAGUCAUGAGAGAAAUUGAGAUAAGAAAAUCGAGGCAGCUAUUUAGAUAAGCGGGGGCUAAUAUUUUUUAAAAUCAGAGAUUAUCGUGUUUAGGUCAGCAUAUCUAUCCUGAACUUCAAAUAUUUUCAACAGAAUUGUAUGAACUGUUUCCUUAAAGAGAGAUUUUGAAGAAUUUCGUAAAUUUUCAGGUAUACUAUUCCAAAUUUUGGCUCCCAUAAUAGAAAACGAAUCAUUUUUCUAAUUUAGUCUAGAGUGGCUAAUGUAAUAAUUUCCAGAAGAGGAGGAGCGAGUGCUGUAAGAGUGGAUAUUGUUGAGUAGGAAUAAAGAGAUGUGAAAUAUUAUGAGGGGCAGUGUUUUUGUAAACAUCAAACAUUAACAUCGAAGAAAGCUUAAAAUAGAGCAUUGUAAUAGGCAUAAUAUUAGAGUGAAGAAAGUAAGGGACGGCAUGAGAGCGGAAGGGUGCGAAGUUAAUUAGGCGCACAGCUCUCUUUUGUAAUGUAAGGAGUUUCUCCAAAUGAGUUUUUGCAGCCUGGCCCCAGGCAACGAGGCCAUAAGAAUUAUAAAAUUUAGAAGAAGAAGAAUUCCAUGAUAACACUGGAAGAUAAAUACAUGUACACCAUUAUAGCAUUUUUAUGAUUUCUCCCACAGGAUAAAGAAGGAACUAAUGGCUCUGGUGGCAUCAUUAUGUCAAGACGUGGACUACGAAGUCAGGGCUUGCAUGUGUCAGCAGCUAGAAACUAUAGCAAGAGCUCUUGGGUAAGAUUUUGAUUUGCUAAGCCGCAGUUUUGAUCACCAAUAAUGUGACAACACAGUUGAAUUGUUUUUGAUCAUAUACCUAUGUUAAAAUAAGCCAUAGAAGUAUUUAAUAGUAUCAUUAAAUUAUUGUUAACUCUGCCCCUUACAUUUGGCACUUACUGUUUGUUGUUUUCUUUCCAGAUCAGAUUUAGAAAAGAGACCCUGUAAAAAGUCUGACCUUCUAAUUUACACAGUUCUAUUGUAUUUUAGUUUUUUAUUGAAAAUGUUGUUUUUAUUUGAUUUGUAUUUCUUUUUAACAGGCUGGAAAGUACACAAAGUAUAAUAAUCCCAGAGCUUGUUGAGCUAACGAAUGAUGAAGAGACCAGUGUUAGACUAGCAGGACUGGAAACCAUCACAAACUUACUGAGUCUUCUUGAUGAUGGUGAGCUGGCCAAUGAUGAGAAAUGAAGUAAACUAACAACCUGUAAUGUACAAACUAAUGUGGCUGAACCAUACACAUAUCCAUAAUAUAGACUCCUCUCUACAUGUACAGUUCUCUAUGUAAUACAAACUCUUUACUCUUAACCUUUGUGCACCUGUUUUCCUUGCAUUGUGAAUCAAUGUUAUAUUAUUGAUAAUAAUAUUUAUUAUUGAUAAAAAAUCAAUGUUUUCAAUAUUAGUCUACACCAAUAGUAAUUAUUAAUUAGUUGAGGUUCACCAAUGUAGUUGUAUUGUCUGCUUCCACCCAGUAUUCUUCUUUUCAAAAGGUAAAAAACAAACCUGUGUGAUGGCAAAUUACAGUCUGUGCAUUUUAAACAUGCAUCCACUUUUGUAAUGAGUUGCAUGUAAGUGCCACUGGUUCCCUUUUACAAUUGGCCUGUUUCAUUUUUGCGUUUUUCUUUACAGAUACCUGUACUGCUGUUAUAAUACCAUUGGUUCAAAAAUUCUGUGAUGAAAUUCCUAAGCAGUGUUCAGAUUCACUUCUCAUGGUGGCAAAGUUGUUUGGAAAACUUUCAUAUGGAUUGUCAGGUAAAUCUAAGGAGGCUUGUUACCUUGCUUUUUUUGGCCAAAGCCAAUAAACUGAAAUAUGGUCAAACCAUCAGUAAGAGGACACCCCUGUAAAAGAAAAAGUGUCUGCUUAUCACUGCUUUCCCCUCAAUGGGGGUUAACAACUGCAUUGCUGAAUGGAAGUUGAGUGCUUGGAGUAUCCAGGGGUUUUCACUUUUGGCAGCCAGCUGCUGGCGCAAGUGUGCAACCCAGCCAUGAGCCCCCGGCUAUAAUGAAUGUAAUCCCCGCCUACUUUUAUAGGAAAAUAGAAGAAAAAUAGAACCAAACAAAAUCUUUAGCUGUUGGAUUCCCCGCCUACUUGUAUCACUAGCCUGGCAACUUGAAAUUUUAUUCACAGCCCUGUGUCCUUGAGUGGAGUGCUCCACUAUACAAUCUGUGCAAUGACUUUUCAGCUUAUGAGUAGUAGGCUUGCAGGUUACAUGCUUCCUUGUGUGCUUGCUGACUAAGUUACCUAUCUUGAUUACAGUUAACCUUGAUGACACUAAGAAGAAGUGGUUUUUGGAAUUUUACAAAAGGAUGUGCUUCUGUGGCAAUCCCAAUAAAAACAAUCGAGUGGGCAGUGUUACACUAGCCCUUAAGGUAGGGUAAAAGGACAUUUCUGCCAACGUGUGGCAACUUAUAGAUUGUGUGAUGUCAUAAUGUACUUUUGAUUUUUUUGUUGUCUCAUGUACACUUCUUGCAGCUUAAUUUGCUCUUUGCUAUUUUCAGAGUUCUGUUUUAUCUGGUGCGACUAUUGAUGAUGAUCCUGAGGCAGAAUGUCGAAGAUGUUGUGCUUUUAACUUUCCAGUAAGUCACCUAACCUAUAACUUGCACUUUCAGUAGCCUACUGCAUUAUAUACACAUGGUUCUAUUUUAGUUUGAGGAACAUACAGUUUUCUGUUAUGUCACACUUGGUAGUGUAAUGCUGUUCCACCAAGUGAAAUGAGUGCCAUUGAUAAAGCCCCUUCCCAUCUUCUCUGACACUUAAUUAAAUCAGAGUUCACUGACCAGAACUUACAGUGGUAUUCUGUAUUUUUGCCCUUUUUUCCUAGGCCAUGCUACUGUUUUGUGGUGCAUCGGGAUUUCAAGCUGAACUCGCUCCCACGUUUCACUCACUUGUAGAGGAUCCCCAUGCUCUAGUCAGAAGAACUAUAGCGUGUGGAUUUCAUGAGGUGUGAACAAAAUUAUGUCAUGUAGUUUGUUUGUUUGUUUAUUGCAAUCUAACCUGAGCUGCACAGAAACGCACUUGCUGGUUUGUGUAUGUUUUUAGCAUGGAUAAGAUGUAGUGAAGACUGUCGUUUAUGUGGUUGUCAGUGGAGGAUGAUGCUCUGUCAUAUUUUGCUGUUUACAUCAUGUGGGACCAAAUAAAUUACAUGAUAAAACUUUGCAUAGAGAAAGUUUUAUAUAUUUAUUUCCAUUAUUUUAACUAUACUUUUUAGGUGGCAAAACUUUUAGGAACAAAUGUUGGAACAAUUCAGCAGGAUUUAAGUAUAUUAUUAAAGGAUGAAUCUAUAGAGGUGAGUAACUAGUCCUAAGCUCUCUCCUUUCACAGAAAUCAGCCUCCUGAUUUGCCGUUGACUUUUGCUAGAUUUUGGCUUCAAGCAAGCGAGUCAGAAGCCUAAUCUUACAGAGUUGUACUCAACUCAACUGCUCGUUUUGUAAAAUGGUGGUAAGCAUUCUCAUUGUCAUUCAUUACUAACCAAAGGUUCACCCAUGUGUUUUGGUUUUGUUUUCAGGUAUUAGAAGGUCUUAUACCAAAUUUACCACAAAGUUUAGAAUGUCUAGCUAGUGGAGGUCAUUCAACUCUGGCGGAUACCAAGGUAAUGAAGUACUAUAUUGUCAUCACCAUUAUCGAUAUCAUUGUCAUUAUCAUCAUCAUCAUCAUCAUCAUCGUCGUCGUCGUCGUCGUCAUCAUCAUCAUCAUCAUCAUCAUCGUCGUCGUCGUCGUCGUCAUCAUCGUCGUCGUCGUCGUCGUCGUCGUCGUCGUCGUCGUCGUCGUCGUCAUCAUCAUCAUCAUCAUCAACAUCAUUAUCAACACUAUUGUCACCAUCACCAUCAUUAACAUUAUCAUCAUCAUCAGCAUCGUCAACCUUAUCAUCAUUGUCAUCAUAAUCAUCUAUGUCAUCUAAAAAACUAUGACCACAAACAUGCACUAACAGCAACAACAGAUUUUAUUGAAAAUUCGACAUAUAACUAUUUACAUUACUUUCCCACCCACAAAUAGCUUAUGAACUACCGGUUAUUGAGGCGGCGGGAGCUGUAGACAUACUACUUUCUCCAUAGCAAUUUUAUCUUGCUAGCAUUCCUAGUGAUGUGAACGGUUUUUUGUUGCAUGGUUCAGCUUGCCAUGGUUCACAGCUGUGUAUGAGAGUGAAUUUUCAAUAAACUGUUGUGGUUUUGUUUCAGCUUAAUAAUUUGUCAAACCUUAUACCUUCAUUGAUCGCCUGUGAACUGGCAGUUGACUCGUCAAGCAACUGGCGUCUUCAUGUGGAAUUACUGGAGAAGUUUUCCUGCUUUCCGAAAUGUCUGACCUCAGAUCAGAUUUACUACAAGUUUGUUCCAUUAUUCUUCAGAUUAUUGUCUUCAAAUGUAAGUGUUUUACAGUUUAUUUUUGGUUACAAUGUAACAUUAUUAUUUCUUGAAAUUUUUGUUUGGUAUAGUGACCGUUUUCAGUGGACAUUAAUGUUGACCUAAGACUGUGGUUUGAUUAUUUUCCUUUGCUCCUUUCUCCAGCGUGUUUUACCUGUAAAAUUGGCAGCAGCGCGCACGUUGUGUGUGUUCAUCCGAUAUAACAGAAGAUAUGAACAAAGACAAGAAUUGUGUUGUAGACUAAUACAAGGUUGGUCAGCUGUAAAACGUCCUCAUGACGUAAAUCUCCAAUGACACAUUGUGUUGUGGAGCGACUACACAUUGUUUGGUUGACUUCUUCACAUCUACACUUUUGAGUUGACUUUUUCAUGUUAGACAUAACUUUCCGUGCAUGCCGGCAACUCAAUAUUACUCUAGUACUUCAUUAGGAAUUAGGAGGGAGGGGUGGGAGUGGGAAAAAACCUUUAACCUCCUUUGCCCCGUCCCUUCCCUCCCUCUUAAUGUUUUCUAGGCAAUCUGAAAUAUUUGGUAAACUUAAAAUUUUUCUAGCCUAUUUAUAUAUCUAAUAUUUGUUGACUAUAUGGUUUUGUUCUUUUUUUUUCAGAAUGUGGAAGAGGAAAGAGCUACAGAAGUAGACUAUUAUUCAUAGAUAUUUGCAAGUUUAUAAUGGAAUUAUUUUCAAGACGUUUUUUCAAAGAAAAUUUCUUUGAAUUUUUAUUAGAAUUGGGCUCGGUGAGUGGCAUCCUUUUUUACCUAUUUGCCUGUAGCUUUGUAGUUUCUUCAGGUUAGAGUAAGUCAAGGUUAUAUCAUCUUCCCCUCCCCGGGUUAUAGGGUAAAGCGAUUGAGCCAUUUUGUUCUGACCAACAAAGUUUGCGUUGUUUUUCCACAGGACCCUGUGUUAAAUGUAAGAUUAAAGUUUUGCACAAUUCCACCACUUCUGAAGUCGUUGUUGAAGUUGCCGACCGACAGACAUUUGCUGCAGCAGCUUGAACAGUGCAUCAGGAAACUGCUCAGCUCUGAAAAGGAACCGGAUGUGUGUACUGCUGUCAGAGAGGUAUUGUUAUGCCACCACUGCUGUUAACUUUGCUCAGUUUUUCGUUGUUUUCUUUUUAUCUCUUAUUUUAGCGGUCUCAUUUUAUGUACACGUUCACAUUUUUGGAAGGCUACGAUUUUAGAGAGAAUAUCACGAUCUUAUGUACCUAAUGGCACGAUGAGCAAUGAUGAUGAUGAUGAUGAUGAUGAUGAUGGUGAUGAUUGCGGCGACGACGAUGCCGAUUAUGAUGAUAAUGAGUAUUUUUCGUUAAACAUUGAGCCCACCCUAAAGUCAGUAACCGUAAAAAAAAAACAGUAAUUAACAACAACAGGCUUAGUUUUGCUUUCUGUUGUUGUUUAAUAGUCUGUUUUGUUAUAUUUUCCAGACGUUUAUGAAGUUGGAUAAAACAAAAUAUGAGGAGGACAUUAUGGACCAGCGAAAAGAAGAAGAGGAAAGAUUGCUUAUUGUCAUGGUAAAUCCAGUUAAUUUCCCUUUCCCGUGAGCAGCAUUUAUUUUCAUUUUGAACUUUUCACAAAAGUGAGCUCUUAGGCCACCUUAUAGCCUGCCGUACGCAGCAGUUUUUUUUGGGCGCGCGAGCAAGGCUCCGUUUUUCUUGUUUAUAGUCACCAUCGUUGAUUUUAAAGAGAGGAGGCUUGGGCCGAGAGUGAUUAAUAGGAGGCUGAAAGAAACAGGUGGGGGAGGGUAACAGACCUGUCUCCCAUCCCUUCAUCCUGUGACUCGUGCACCACAACCAGAGUGAAUUUACGUGUUUCCUGUCUCCUCCCCCACCACCACCCGCUCCGGGCAAAAACGUCUACACUGCAAGCGAAGUUAGUAUAAGACCGAAACCGAUGACAUUCGUUCGUUGGUUCGUUCGUUCGUUUUGCAGGAGGAAAAAGAGAAAGAAGAGAUGGCUGGUGCCAACAAAAUUUCAGAUCCGAGAAAAAAGGGGUCCAAAGAUGACAAGUCUAAAAAAGGUAAACUUUGUGUCUGUCACGUGGUUUUUAACAGAUAAGUCAAGUAGGAAUACUCCAUAAUUUCAUCGCCUGCUUUUCACACCCUUAGUUCCAGGUGACAUUUCGACAACUUAGAUCCUGUGGUAUGCUGUUCAUUAUACUGAUUUACCUGGUCCUGACUGUUGUAUCUCUAUGGAGGUUGAAAGUGCGACUAUUUGGAUGAAAGCUAAUGGCUUUAGAGCACAUUACUUCUUUUCGGUUGCCUUUUUACUAUGCUGUGCACGUUGCAGAUGAAAGCUAGUAGUUCCCUCCUUUUGUGUCUUAAGAUGUUCAUCACGUCAAUGCUUUUGUGCAACACUUUCUCCUGAACAAGUUACAGUGCUGCUUGUUAUUAACCACACAAAUCGCUUGGUUGUUAACCGGAAUUGGAGAAGUUGAGUUGUGGGGUAACUCUAGUGUAGUGAAGUCUGUUUUUCUUACUGUACUUAUAUCAUUUUCCAUUCUUGUCUUUGGGGUUUAGCCGUUGCUUCUAAAGGAAAAGGAACGAAAGGAGACGGCCUAGUAGCUCUCAAGCGCACUCCUUCAAAUUCUGGUCCUAGUAAGUUUGUUUAACAAUGUUUAUUUACCUCCUUGUUGCUCUGAUAUGGCAAGGCAAGAAUAACAGGUCUUCAAUAGCCUACUGCAUCUCCUCAGGUGCUUCAGUGCGGUCUUAAGUGUUAAAAGUUGGAUAGUGCUAUCCACCGGACAAAUCACUAUCCAGUGGAUAGAGAUUUAUCUAUUGGAUAGCCUUAUCCACCUUUUGAACAACUGAACCCUGAUCAAAAGCAAACAAAACAGAUUGCGCGCAAUGUAAACCGCACCUUUGUCUAGCAAAUCUGAGUUAAGUAAUCGUAUUGUUACGGUUUUAGAUAUUUGAAUGCACUCCGUGAUCAUUAGUGUACUAUUUCACCUUUAGAUGAUGACACGUUUUACAAAGAUUGUUUCAAGUUUAUUGUUAAUGUUCUUGCUCUUAAACUUGGCUGAUUUUUAUGCUGUACAGGUGCGUCCAGCAAAACGACGCAGAAGACAGCACCAGCUAGAAGCCUGGGAGGUAGCACAAAAAGUUCACCAUCAUCCAGUCUACAGAGACUCCCCAACUUGUCCUCAGCCCUCCCCCCGACGACUUCUGGUCCCAGCCCUAGUACGUCAUCUGGUAGUUCAUGGAGAGGUUCCCCUAAUGCUAGUACGCAGGCGCGAAGCUCAAUGACGUCCGCCGCUGUCAAAACAACUGGAAAAACCACCAAGGAUAAGACGUAAGCGUUAUAUGACUGGUUUCAAUUCUCGGCGCACAAUGUUAAAAUGAUCAACCAAUCAGAUCUCGAAACAAGUACCUGUCACCAGUGCUAAUGGCGGAAAAUCGCACGUGAUCAAGGCAUGCUUGGUCUUGCCUUCCAUUGUAAUAGAAAACUCUGAGAGAGAAAACGGUAGUUGGUCCUAAGGUUGGUGUGACUGUGUCGUCCAACCAGCAGAAGUUUUUUGUAACACCGUGAAACACUCAAACUUUGAUAUCAUUGUUUUUCUUUUUUUUAGGACUGAAAAGUCAACAGCUGGAAAGAAUAAAAAAUCGAUUCCAUUGAGUUCUGGAAAUUAUUCCCGAGGAAGUUUCUAACUGCAAAGGUUACAAGCUUCUUCAUGUGACAGUCAGUGUAGACAUAAAGGACGCAUUCUUUGGUGGUUCUUCAGUUAACAGGGAAUAAGUCAUUGCUCCUACGAGUGACAAAAAUGUAACUCGAAUGACUACGGAGACGGAAUUCAAAAAGGAGAAUAUACCGGACUUAUUUUUCUGGUUCUCUAAAAAGUAAAGACGUUUUUGCUUCCGUUGAAUUUCAGUUCCAAUCUCCUCGUGACCACUUGGGAUGUAUAUUGCCCACGCAACGCAACUGUCGAGUUACAACUCCGAGCGACUGGGACAACGCAUUUGUCACACAUCUAUUCAACACCGUCGGUUGUGUUUAAGCUUCUAUAACUCUUUUUAUUAGUGGAAAAGGUACGCUUGAAAUUCGUCCGGCGUCAAGAAUCCAGUUUUCAUAGGACUGGAUGAAAAUAACUUGAGACAAUUGUCUAGUUUACAUUUACCCACAUUUUCCUCUUGUAAAUAUUAAUAGUGUUCAAUAUUCUUCUUCUAGUUCUUUCUAUUUUAAUCACCCGAUGUCCUUUUUACGAAAAGAAUAUUUAUAUUUGAUUUGCAGUUAGCAAGCUCGCAAGGCAGUUAUGUAACGUAAUUUAUGGUAAAGAGAACUCGUUUGACAACAAACACUCUUUAAAAGUUAAAGCAUUAAAAAAGUCUUCGCUGCGACAUUUUGUUGCCUUAACUUCUCCUAAAUUCUUGCCACGUCUUCUCGCCAAAGUGUGAAAUC